GCACUUAUGUACAGUUUCACUACACUAAAUUAGUGUAGUCAAAUUAGGGCAGUGGAAUGAAGUACAUUGUUUGUUUUAGGUUUACUGAACACAUCUGGAUGUUUUAGUUAUACAUAAAUGUUAUGAAAAGGUUAAGGGAGCAGCUACAGAAACAAGGAAAGGAAAACAUAGUAAAGACAAAGAAGGGGAAGGAGACAAAGAAAGAAGAAGGAAUAGAAAAAGCAGCAGCCUGUGAAGAGAAGUGAAGAAAGGAUCAGAUGAAAAGAGGAAGACAGGAAGAGAUAAUUAAACAGAGGAAGGAUACAUAUGGAAGAAUGGGAGGGGAAAGAGAGGGCAAGAUGACUUAUCUGAGAUACUCCGCCAACUCAGGAAUACUCCACCCUCAGUCUCCAACGCUCAUCCAUACACAAACUGUGAGAGCAGAGAGGCGGUGAGUUCGGCUGCAGAGAGACAGAAUUACAAAUCCAACUCAAAACCUCAUUAGGAACAGCUGGGAUUUUCUCAGAAGAAGAAGAAGAAGAAGAACAGGUUGCAGCUUGUUUCUCCAUUUAUCUCACCCCAUUGUGAACUCUUCUGAUUAGGGGAUUCCAAUUUUGGGGAAUCUGGCUACAAGUCAGCUGGGAGGUGUCACAUUUUGAACAAGGGAUUACUCGAAAAGCAUCCUCUCGUAUCCAGUCACAAUCUCCCUCCUAUUCUUCUCCUCUCCAUCUCUCUCCCUGGAGGCAGAUUGCAAACUUUGGACAGCCGAUUUUUCCAGAGUUUGGAAGUACUUUAGGGGAGGCAAGGAGAGACAAAGGCGUAGUGUUGCUAAAGCGUACAAAGAGAUCCUGGCUCCUGUAAAGAUGGCUGACGUGGUGCAGCCAGACCCGAACAGCCUGCAAAUACCCGGUGAUAAUUUAUCAGCCCCUUCGUCGCCAGGCACUGUUAGAAAUGACUGCAGCAUCACACCCCUCACACCCUCACCCUCACCGAGGGUGGAGGUCAGACCUAGGAUGGCCUGCCCAUUCUCGGUGGUUGUGGCGAUAGACUUUGGGACAACCUCCAGUGGCUACGCAUUCAGCUUCACACAGGACUCAGAAGCCAUACACAUGAUGAAGCGCUGGGAGGGCGGCGACCCCGGGGUGGCCAAUCAGAAGAGCCCAACGUGUCUGCUGUUGACUCCUGAUUUGCGGUUCCACAGUUUUGGGUUUGCUGCCCGGGACUUCUACCAUGACCUGGACCCAGAGGAGGCCCGCCACUGGCUCUACUUCGAUAAGUUCAAGAUGAAGAUCCACAGCACAAGUGACCUGACCAUGGAGACAGAGCUGGAAGCGGUCAACGGUCGGAGGGUCAGGGCCAUCGAGGUGUUUGCCCAUGCCCUUCGCUUCUUCAGGGAACAUGCUCUAAAGGAAGUGAAGGACCAGUCAUCAUCUGUACUGGAGGGAGAGGAGAUCAGAUGGGUAAUCACUGUCCCCGCUGUGUGGAGACAACCUGCCAAACAGUUCAUGAGAGAGGCUGCAUACCUGGCUGGUCUAGUGUCUCCCGACAGUCCUGAGCAGCUCCUCAUCGCUCUGGAACCUGAAGCUGCGUCUAUAUACUGUCGGAAGCUCCGCCUCCACCAGGUGAUCGACCUGAGCUUGCAGCCAAUCACAAAUGGCCUUGAUCUGGAUGGGUCUGGGCCCUUCGACUCCAGCUUCAGACAAGCGAGGGAGCAGCUGAGGCGAUCCAGACACAGCAGGACCUUCCUGGUGGAGAGUGGAACCGGAGAGCUGUGGUCAGAGCUACAGACUGGUGACAGGUAUAUUGUUGCAGACUGUGGAGGAGGAACAGUUGACCUGACAGUCCACCAGAUCGAGCAGCCGCAGGGAACACUUAAAGAGCUCUACAAGGCUUCAGGCGGUCCACACGGUGCUGUCGGAGUCGACCUGGCCUUUGAAGCUAUGCUCUGCCAGAUCUUUGGCGAGGACUUCAUCCAGAGCUUCAAAGCCAAGCGCCCGGCAGCCUGGGUAGACCUCACCAUCGCUUUCGAGGCGAGGAAACGGACGGCGGCGCCAGGCAGGGCCAACGCCCUCAACAUCUCCCUGCCUUUCUCUUUCAUCGACUAUUACAAGAGACACAGGGGGCAGAGUGUGGAGGCCGCCCUGAGGAGGAGCAAUAUGAACAUAGUGAAGUGGUCUUCUCAGGGGAUGCUGCGGCUGACACAGGAAGCCAUGAACGAGCUCUUCCAGCCCACCAUCAUCAAUAUUGUUAAACACAUCGAGGAGCUGAUGUUAAAGCCGGAGGUGCGAGGUGUGCGUUUCCUCUUCCUGGUUGGUGGUUUUGCCGAGUCGCCCAUGCUGCAGAAAGCGGUCCAGAGAGUGCUGGGGCGGACGUGUCGCAUCAUCAUCCCCCAUGACGUUGGACUGACCAUACUGAAGGGUGCCGUGCUCUUCGGCCUGGAUCCCACUGUGGUCAGAGUGCGUCGAUGCCCCUUGACCUACGGCGUUGGCGUCUUAAACCGGUUUGUGGAGGGACGCCACCCUCGUGACAAACUCCUCAUCAAGGAAGGCCGAGAAUGGUGCACCGACAUCCUUGACCGCUUCGUCUCUGUUGACCAGUCAGUGGCUCUGGGUGAGGUCGUAAGACGGAGCUACACACCGGCUCGUUCGGGCCAGCGCAAGAUCAUCAUCAACAUUUACUGCAGCGCGACAGACGACGUCACGUACAUCUCUGACCCCGGAGUCAGGAAGUGCGGAACAAUAACUUUAGACCUACCAGAACCGUUACCGGUCCCAGGAGCAGUGGGAGGAGUAGGAGGAGGAGGAGGAGGAGGAGGAGGCCCGGAGAGGAGGGAGAUCCGAGCAACCAUGCAGUUUGGAGACACGGAGAUCAAAGUCACAGCUGUUGACGUCAUGUCUAACCGCUCCGUCCGGGCUUCCAUAGACUUCCUGUCCAACUGAGGGGGAGCAGGAAGGGGAUUGGAGGAAAACAGAAAAAUAACUGAUUCUAGGGAUGAUAAUUUUAGAAAAAUCGGUACUUUGGGAGUGGGCAAUGUAAUUCAGACAUUUACUCCUUAAAGUAGAUAUUGAGAGGAACAUUCUCUUCAGCCCUCACACAUUUAUACUUUUAAAAAAAUAAAACAAAAAUCUUUAAUUUGUCUGCCUUAUGGCUUCGGAAGAUUCGUCAUCCUGUCACACCAUGUGCUGCGAGAAUAUUUAGAGGAACACUUGUGUGAACUCUUUAAAAGCUAAAGCAAGCUGGGGGCUGAAUGCAGUUGAAGCAAAUACCUUCAACCUGCCAGAGGAAAAUUUCAACUUUUACACACAAUGUCGUCACCUAGACAGACUCUACACAACGCGUUAUACUACCUAGAGUAAAACUCACUCGUAUUAAUUGCUCGUUAUGAAGACUGUGUUUUGCCUCAUAAAAUGAUUACAUAGGUAUAGCUUAAAAGUUCUGGUCCUUAUUUAAAUCUUAUUUUACUAUGCAUUUAUGAACAUCGAUACAACUACCUGUACUGCAGCUUUGUUUCCCCGAAGUGACUGUGAUUGUGCCUCACCCAGUGGUGAAAAGACUGAACUACAAGCUGACAAUCAUCUUGGAAGAUAAAAGCUCUCAGGAUGCAUCAAAACACACAAGGAAGGACUGGCAGCGUUAUUGCAGCAUUUGCAUGUUUCUUUCGUUCAAAUUCAUUCACAUUCAGGUGUAGAGUUCAGAAUCGGUAGUGUUUAGCAGUUCAGGACAUUUUUUCUUUCCUUUGCAAAUCAGGAAAAGCUUUAUCUGUGUAUUUUCUAGAUUAUUCCUCCCAUGCAUACAAAACCUGGAACUUCAGACCAACCUCAUCUGUCAGGAGACUCGUAAUUUGACCAGAAACCAAUCUUUCAUGUUUGAUGUAAAAAUCAAGUUCGUCUUAUCAGCUGUUCCCACUGCUUUCAACCACAUAUCCCAGUCUUUCUCUGGCGAGUCGCCUUGGUUGUCUUCACUAAACCAUAUAUGUUAAAAUGCAAUUGAUGUUCCAUAUUGGCCGAGCUAUCACCACGUGAACUGACUAAACUCCAUCAAGUCAGAGAGACCGGCUAAAUGCAGUUUCAAAACUCUGGGAAAAGCUGACUUAGUGAGGUGGUGUCGGCACCAAAUACCACAUGCAUCCAAAAAAUAAAACGACUGGCUUCCCACCUUUAGACAUCGCACUGUCACAUUAAAGCCAGCUUACGUUGUGUAUGCUGUAAUAAAGUGUAUUCAUGUUUUUGUUUGCUUAAAGUAACAAAGAUGAAGAAGAACCUGUUCAACAUGUAAA